AUGGAAAUGGACAUCGACCCGAGCCCCGCACACCAGCGCUCCUCGCGCAAGCACCUACGCUCUAGCGACGACGAGAGCUACGAUUGGAGCUCAGACGUCUCUGGACAAUUCGACGACGCCGAAGAAGCGCACGAUGAGCACCGAUCGUCCGCAGUAAAGGCGACCAAGCGACGUCGCUCGAAUGACUGGCCAUUGCCCGAAGAAGCUGCUGAUUAUGGAGCCCACGAUCGCCGCACCCAGCGCGGUGAAAAUGGGAGUCUCGGCGUGGGCGGAAAUGGGCCAGGAUACAGGGCUUCGCCGCGCGCUUCACCUCGAGGUUCGCUUGCUUCGCUGCGCGCUCGCCAUGCCGCGGCAUCUGCUUCUAGAGGUCGGACAUCGCGAUUCGUCGAAGCGACUAUGAGUGACAGUGUCAGCGAGCAACCGCCCAGUAUCUACUUCCAGGAGCAGGAAAGCAAACACCCUAGCCUUCACCACCGUGCAUCUGGUAUCUUCCGUUUUGGGAAGGCUAUAGCCUCGGCGUUCAAUCCCUUCGGUGGGUGGGGGAGGAGCUUGGAGGGGUCGCCCAAUAAAUCGCCGCAGAAGGAUGUCAUCAACCGAGCGGAGGAGGCCUAUGCGGAAUUGAAGAAGGCUGGCUAUCAGGGUACGAACAAAGGUCAUUACACUGACCAUCUUCGUGUCAACACUACCCACACCGACCAGACCUGGCAGUCUACUCGGCACAAGAUGGAACAUACUUCUCCAGUCAAAGAUCUACAUCGCCAGUCAAUUGAUCAAGGAAACCAUCUUCCACCCUCACGCUCUGAGUCCUCAGCUUCUAAACGCUCUUCACUUCAAGAUCUUUGCCUGCCAAAGUCAUUCUUCCAUAAAUCACAUGGAUCGCCAUCUGCUCCCCUAGCAGUGUAUUGCGAUGUAACUUCUGAUGAAUACGAGCCGGCUGGACUGCGCAAGCAACCCUCCCGCAGAGAGAUCUCGCGCCAAACCAAAUUGAUCAAGAAAGUAAGCAACCUCGAGGACAAGCUGCAACGUGCCCGGCGGGAGCUUCGUGACCUCACAGGCAACGAGGAACGGACCCCAGCACCUACAACUCAGCCAAAGACAAAUACCGAAAUAGAUCCCGCAUCGUUCCCAAGGAAGUUCGUCCCUGGUGCCCUUCCCACUCUGCCGUCGGAAAGACUCCUGGAUCAACAGACUGCAAAAGACGACCCGUCUGAAUGCGAAGCGGACAACCUGACGGCCUUACCAUCAAUGGAAGACCGUGGGACUUUCUCCUUCGAAGAAUCACGGCUGCCUCAAACCCCGACUAAGCUCCAGAGUCCAAAAUGGCGCUCAAAAGGGCCACAGUCAUCGUCAAUGGGUAAGGACCGCUCUUCCCGUAAAAGGAAGUCUUCCAAUCCUGAAUCUUUCGAUAGUGGGGGCCCUCCUCAGCCCAAUCCGACGGAAGGCAUCCAUGAUGACCGACGCGAGGAUCUGAUUGACUCCGGUCUACUUAGCCCACCCGGAAAAGCGAAAUGGCAUAAAUCCGAAGCCGGCGAGAGCCCCGGCUCAGCCAAGCGCAAACAAGCAAUCGACCACACAGCUCCCUCCCCCGAGCACGAAGAAAAGGAUGCAGGAGGAAAUACAAGUGCCACGCACAACAUCAAAAGGUCCCCCUACGUUCAACCCCGAAAAGUCUCCGGAACAACCCGCUCACCAACUUCCAAGCCCACAACCCCUCUCCGCAUGAAAAAGGGCCGAACAAACCUACGCCCGGCGACGUCACCCGCCGCUGCCUCAGACAGCGAUUCCCGCUCCAGUAUCUGGGCUACGCCUCUGCCUGCGCCACGAAGUGAAUCACACCGCGAAUCCUUCUACCACCACCCACAGCGCCAGCUCAAUCCUGAUCGUAGCCCUCGUACCCCGACACGAUCGAAGACGGGUCCUACUCGGAGACGCUCGGGGUAUCUCUUUGACGACGAGAUUCCGCCCGUGCCGCCCCUCCCUGAGGAACUUCGCUCUAGUGCAGCCAAGGUCAAUGUUGUGAAUAGGUCGCCUAAAAAGAGACCUAGUUCUGCGCCAGUGCUUUCGCCGUCCUCGGCUUCCGGUGUUGAGUCGGUGAUUUCCGGCCUUGAGGAUUAUCAGUGGCCUGAGGAUAUUUUCUGA